ACACCACACCCUCAUGGCAAUAACUUCAAAGAUAAUGUCCCUAACAUUAUGCAUGUUUUUAUGGCAAUUUGCAUCUCUUGCAUUAUUAUCAGCAUCAUCAACUUCUUCCUCCAUAGACACAAUUUGCAACCUCACACCUUAUCCAACAUUUUGCAAAUCCAAUUCCCCUUCUAAUGUCCAAGGAGGUGACAUUCAUGAGUAUGGCCGUUUUUACACAAACAAGUCCCUGUCAUCAUCAAGGGAUGUUCUCUCAUUACUCUCUACCUACUUACAAUCUCCCUCCAAAUUCUCCCAGUCAACGAUUCUCGCCCUUGAAGAUUGCCACCUCUUAGUUGACCUCAACAUAGAUUUCUGGACCAAGACUCUACAAACUGUAGACACCACAAACAGCACCCUUAAUAGUUCCGAGGCUGAAAACCUUCUUACCAUGAUUAGUGCUACAUUAACCAAUCUCGAUACCUGCUUAGAAAGCCUUAAAGAAGCCACGUCAUCAACCCCUGAUGACAACCUAGUAAGCCAUGUUUCAAACGGAACCAUGUUUUCCAGCAUAUCUCUUGCACUCUUUAAACGGGGUUGGACUUCCAGCAUAACCACACAAAAGAGUCGAAAGCUGUUUUCUCAAAGAAAUGACGCUUACGCGUGGGAACAGAGGGUUUACGAGAUAAUCAGAAAGAGAGGGAGAAAGCUGCUUCAGAGUGCUCCUGACGGUGUUGUUGUGAACCAAACGGUGGUGGUGAAUCCUGAUGGCUCUGGAAACUUCACAACUAUCAACGAUGCGGUGGCUGCGGCACCCAACAACACCGGUGGUGUCAAUGGUUUCUUUGUGAUUUAUGUGGUUGCAGGAGUGUACGAAGAGUAUGUAUCUAUUCCAAAAUACAAGCAGUACUUGAUGAUGAUCGGUGAUGGUAUCAACAAGACCAUAAUCACCGGCAAUCACAGCGCCGGUACUGGCUACACUACCUUCAAUUCUUAUUCAUUUGCUGUGGUUGCGCAAGGAUUCGUGGCUAUGAAUAUAACGUUUCGCAACACAGCAGGAGCAAGCAAUUACCAAGCGGUGGCUCUUAGAAGCGGAGCAGAUCUAUCCGCAUUCUACAAUUGCAGCUUCGAAGGGUACCAAGACACUUUAUACACACAUUCAAUGAGACAAUUCUACAGAGAUUGCGACAUUUACGGCACAGUUGACUUCAUAUUUGGCAACGCAGCAGUUGUGUUGCAAAACUGUAACAUUUUGCCACGCCUCCCAAUGAGUGGCCAGUACAACACCAUCACAGCACAGGGCAGAACUGACAUUAACCAAAACACAGGAACAUCUGUACACAACUGUACAAUAACCGCCGCCACCGACUUGGGCACCACUAAAACGUAUCUUGGGAGGCCAUGGAAGGAGUAUUCAAGAACGGUUUACAUGCAGUCUUUCAUGGACAGUUUGAUUGAUCCUGCUGGUUGGGCAGAGUGGUCAGGGACAUUGUAUUUGGACACACUUUAUUAUGCGGAAUAUGAUAAUUGGGGUCCUGGAUCUAACACUAGUAAUAGGGUCACUUGGGCAGGCUACCAUGUCAUUAAUGCCACUGAUGCACAGAAUUUCACAGUUUCUAAUUUCAUAUCCGGUGCUGCAUGGUUACCUCCUACUGGAGUCCCCUACUUUCUUGAUUUAAUUUGAACUCCAUCCAUACAAAGUUUGAUCCUUA